ACCAUUCUGACAUUUAUUGUGCGCAUUUCUCAUAACUUUUAUUUUGUAUGUGUUGUGUGUUGCGUGAGUUCUAUAACUACAAUGAGUGUGAUAAAUUGAAGUGGAGAAAAGUUUAUUAAAGACUCGAUGAUGGUCUUGGACCAUAAAAAAACUAGUUAUUUUUUUAAAAGAAAUAAGACUUUUUGGAUAGAAACCCAGCAUACACAUAAGAAAGCUUCAAGCGUAUUUGAAGCUUUCGAAGCCGUGUUCAUGGAACUAUGAACCUAGACUCGUUGUCUUUCACUUUGUCACAAAUAAGUUAUUUGAUUGCUACAUUAACUAAAAAAAACUAUAAGCAAGUUCUUGGAGAUUUAAACAAACUUGUUUCUUUGCAUGGUCUGGAGGCGGACCGUCACUUGCUCCAAUGUCUGUUUUCAUCAGUGGACUUUUCUGAAUCUACAACUAAAAUAUCAACUCCAUCCCUCCAAAAUCAAGCAUUAUUAGAACAGUGCUCUAGUUUGUUGAACAAACCAUCAUUGUUCACUGCCCUUUGUUAUAUUACUGAUAAUUCAUUAGUAAACCACAAGACUAUAAAACUUGGGCCGCAGUUCUUCCAUCAGUUGAGCAAGUGCCUUCGCCUCUCAGCUGUACAGGAAGUAGUUUUUGCUAUUGCAAUUCGACAUUCGUCUGUUCCUGAAGCUAGAAAUUUAGCACAAAUCCAUUUAAAAACAACAAUACCUUCUUUGGUACAGUCUUACAUUGAUACAGAAGGGAGCAGCAGCCAACACGAGGGUGGACUUCACGAAACUACUCCAGAAGUUCUUCAUUUAAUUAUCUCAGUUGUUCUAAAAAACCCUAAGGAAGUAGGGCUAACUAACGAUAUCCAUACAACAUUUCUGAAAACUUUACAAAGAGAUUUUCCCAAGGACCUAGUACCUGUUGUCCUUGCACCAUUAGUUUAUCCCGAACAGAGUGAAUUAUCCCCAGAAAUGUCUUCUGAAGGCCCCGGUUUAUCCGGGGGUAUGCUUGAAACUUCAUUGGCAGAUGUUGUGACUGAAAUAGGCUAUAAUUUUACAUCAACCUUGGAAGAAUGUAGAAAUAAUCUCAUGAAGUUAGGAGGUCGAGAUAUCCCUCCUUCGAUAGUAUCACGUGUUCUUGCUGUAAUGUGCCGAACCCACAGUGGCCUUGAAGAUUCUCUUACAAUUCAAACUCCAGGAUCUUUUAAUAAAGGGACUGAUAAUAGAACCUCGUGGAAUAUUGAUAUAUUCAUUCAAGCACUUAAAGAAAUUGUACCAAAUUUUCAGUGGAAUAGUAUUUUUUCUGAACUAGAUCACCCUGAAUUUAUAAUUAAAGAUAGACAGGGUCUGUGUUUGUUAAUAAAUGGACUUAGACAAGGUCUACAAACAUUUGGUUUUCACCCUGAUACUUUCCCUGUUGAUCAGUUUUAUAAAAGAUGGCAAAAUGUUGAAGGACAGUUUAGUUUGAUUCAAAAUAUUCUAAAGCACUCAGAUGUGUUUUGUUUUGCUGACUAUACUUAUGCUCCUGUGGCAGUUGAUGUGCUUAAAACCCCUCCUGAACAAGAUAGCAAAGAAUUAGCAAAUUGGAGAUCUUUAAAUCUGGUAGAACUUUUAUUAAGUCUUUCUGAAUGUGGACUCUACAACCAUGUACAAGACUUAUUCAAGAUUCCUGUUCACAGUUGCCCAGAUGUCCUAGUUUUGGCUCUAUUACAAAUAUCGGCUCCAGUUACUUUGUUGCGGCAAGAACUUCUCACCAAUUUAAUACCUAUUUUUUUAGGCAAUCAUCCAAAUUCUGCCAUAAUUUUACAUCAUGCAUGGCAUACUCAAAAUAUCAAUAUAAAACCUAUUAUAAUGCAUGCUAUGGCAGAGUGGUAUGUUAGGGGAGAAUGUGAUCAAACUAGACUAUCGAGAAUACUAGAUGUAGCUCAAGAUCUUAAAGCUCUAUCCAUGCUUUUGAAUGCACAAUCAGCACAAUCGUACCCAUUUAUCAUUGAUUUAGCUUGCCUUGCCUCAAGGAGAGAGUACUUGAAAUUAGAAAAAUGGCUUUCGGAUAAAAUCAAUGAACACGGUGAAAAUUUUGUAAUGGCUUGCAUAAAAUUUUUACAUAGGCGUGUACCACAAAUAGGAAAAGUUGAUGAGUCUAUAGCCAAAGCUGUCCCUCUUCCAACAGAAACAUUGAUGACUAUGGUAGUAUGUCUUCAAAGGUCUAUAAAUAACGUAAGUCCAGAGUGUCAAGAAGCAAUAGUAACUAUAGUCAGUACAUGCACUAUAAUAUUGAAAUCAAGACAACAGCAACCCACAAUACUUCGUUCCAGAGGACUAGACGGAGGAUUAAAUCCAUCAGUUUUUGCACCACUUUAUAAUCCAUCUGGUGUAGAUUCUAUUCAAGGGCUUAAUACAACAUUGGCUAAUAUGAAUAUAUCUGGUCCCACAAACUCGGCCUUCAACUUGCAAGGGGGUUUAGGGCCUCUAGUACAAUCACCUGGAUCUCCUUCGAGGAUAUUGAAUGCUGGACCUUCCAAUAGUCCCUUUCCGAUUAUGCCUAUACAACAUCAAGGCCCUGCUGGAUCAAGUUCAUCUCUCGUCUUGGGGGUUAAUCAAAUUAACAAUUUGAGCAGAAUGGGGCCAAAUCCUACCAUAGACAAAACUCGGUUACCAGAAUAUAAUUUGUUUCCUGAAAUUUCUCCACAUGUGUCUAAAGAGAUUGAAGAUGAAGCUAACAAUUAUUUUCAGAGAAUCUACAAUCAUCCACCGAAUCCUACCUUAUCUAUUGAUGAAGUUUUGAAUAUGCUCAAGAGGUUUCAAGAUUCACACAACAAAAGAGAAAAAGAGGUUUUCAACUGUAUGUUACGAAGCCUUUUUGAAGAGUAUAAAUUUUUCCCGCAAUAUCCUGAUAAAGAAUUACAUAUUACAGCUCAACUUUUUGGAGGAAUUAUCGAAAGGGGUAUAGUAGCUUCCUAUGUGGCUUUAGGAUUGGCUUUGAGAUUUGUUUUAGAAGCAUUAAAAAAACCUGAAGGAUCAAAGAUGUAUUAUUUUGGAAUAGCAGCCUUGGAUCGUUUUAAGAGCCGGUUAAAAGAAUAUCAUAAAUACUGUGAGCAUGUUAGAGCAAUUCCUCAUUUCAAUGAUUUUCCCCAACACCUUCAAGAAUAUGUAGAAUAUGGUCUACAGAGUUUAGAACCACCUCACAAACCUGAAGGCCCUGUGCUACCACCGAGCUUGGCUGCAAUGCUAGCACCUCCUAAUGCCACAACGACAGUGUACAAAACUACAACCCCAGUUAGUACUGUGCAAACUAAAGUAAAUACUACUCCAGCUAGUACCUUAGGUUCAAGACCUUCAAUCGCUAAUGCUACAAAUAUAGACACUCUUUUAGUAGCCACGGAAAAAGAAGAAAAAGCCACUGCCCCUCCUGAACCCUUGCAAGACAAAACUGCCUUUAUUUUCAAUAAUUUAAGUCAAUUGAAUUUGAAACAGAAAUGCGACGAAUUAAAGGAGCAGGUUUCAGAAGAAUAUUACCCGUGGCUAGCGCAGUAUCUAGUAAUGAAGAGAGCGUCAAUAGAAUUCAAUUUCCAUGGAUUGUAUUCUAAUUUCUUGGACACUCUUGGUAUAAAUGAAAUUCUAAAAUUAGUUACUAGAGAAACAUUUAGAAACAUUAGGGUAUUGCUGAGAUCUGAUAAAGCAAUAGCUAAUUUUUCAGAUAGAUCUCUUUUAAAAAAUUUAGGACACUGGCUCGGAAUGUUAACUUUGGCAAGAAAUAAGCCUAUUUUACAAAUCGACCUAGACAUGAAAUCGCUUUUAGUAGAAGCUUAUCACAAAGGGCAACAAGAACUUUUGUAUGUUGUCCCAUUUGUUGCCAAAGUACUUGAAUCUUGUGCUAAAAGUAAAGUGUUCAAGCCACCAAAUCCUUGGACCAUUGCUUUAAUGAAUGUUUUAGCAGAAUUACACUCUGAAGCAGACCUUAAGUUGACGUUAAAAUUUGAAAUAGAAGUAUUAUGCAAACACUUAGAUAUAGAUGUGACGCAGUUGAAACCCUCCAUUUACUUAAAAGAUCCAGAUCGAAUAAGAAAGAUUGAAUAUCAGUUGUCACAACCUCUAAAAAAGGAAACAUUGAUGCAAUCAAAUAUCAAUCAAGGAGGAAAUAUAACCGACCAAGAACUUGCUAAUAUAAUACCCAGUCAACAGACUAGUUCACCCAUCGCUCAACAUAAUAGUACAACUCCUACAUCUGCAUUGACAGCUCCACCUGAACCACGUUUUGGUUAUUCAGAUAUUCAGAUCUCUGGAAUGCAAGCGUUUCAAACACACACCAUUAUUUCACCUUCAAUUUUGUUGUUUCAAACUCAACCUCAACUUAAAACCCUGGUACGGACUUCUAUUGAAAGGGCUGUGCAAGAGUGGAUAGCACCAGUUGUUGAUAGAUCUAUAAAGAUAGCUCUUCAAACUUGUGAACAAAUUAUUAGAAAAGACUUCGCUCUCGAUCCAGACGAAAAUCGAAUGCGGCUAGCUGCACAUUAUAUGGUUCGUAAUCUCACCGCAGGCAUGGCGAUGAUCACAUGCCGAGAACAACUACUUACAGCGAUUAAUAGCCAUUUAAAGCAGGCGCUUGUAACUAAUAUGGUAUCACCUUCAGUUCAACAAAAAGAAAUGAUUGAUCAAGCUGCCAAUGUGAUAGCAGGAGACAAUAUGGAACUGGCCUGCGCUUAUGUACAGAAAACAGCUGUCGAAAAAGCUAUUCCCGAAAUCGACAAAAGACUCGUGAGUGAGUAUGAACUUAGGAAAAUGGCUCGACAAGAUGGAAGACGCUAUUGCGACGCUAUAGCACUUACCUACCAAGCCGAGCGUAUGCCAGAACAAAUACGACUCAAAGUCGGUGGUAUCUCCCCCAGCCAGAUGGCUGUAUACGAAGAAUUCGCACGAAACAUACCAGGUUUUUUACCUAACGAACGUGAUGCGACGAUGCUUAUCCAAAAACAAACGCCUAUUGAAGUACAAUCACACUCUUCUACGCCAUUUUCGAUUCCUCAAACUGCAUUAUCUUCUGAUGACAUCACUUUGUUAUAUGAAAAAUUAACUGUAGAAGUUGAACAAUUUGUACAACUUACAGGUGGACAAACGCAGUAUGGUUUAAUUAAUUCAAAUGUGCUAAUGAUCAGAGAUUGCUUAAUGCAUAUUUUGAGAAAUAGAGAUUUAUCCCCGCCACAAGCCAUUGUACAAAAGUGUGUUGAAAGUCUUCAAGAUCUUCAAACCUCUACACUAAAUGAAACUGAUCCAGUGAGUCUUCGAUUCAAAGAGUUAAUAGUGAGAAUUCUUAAGACAAUGCAAGAUCCGAGAGUCUACGGCCAACAAUGGACCAAUAAACUAGUUACAAGAUAUUUGACAGAAUGUCAAAAUGAACAACAACGUUACAAUAUCGACGCGGUGGAUACACUUAUUAAAAGUGGCUUAGUAAAUAUUCCACAAUACGAUCUAGCACUAGCACAAUGUAUGGAAAAUGGUCUUAACUACAUGGGAGUUAAUUUUGCCAUGCAGUUGGUACAACUUUACCUUAUAGAUGAUAGGUCAGGGCAGUUUGUUACGGACAAUGAUUUCUGUAAUACUAUUGAAAUGCUUUCAAAAAUUCAAACGCACACAAGACAACCACCAGAAGGAUUAGGAAACAUUAUGGAUAUUUUGCGACAGAAUGAACCAAGCUCUUUUUUUGGAGAUAGGGCAGCAAUUGGUCCGACAGUUCACAUUCAUAAUGGAAUUUUACAGGUGAGAGCGCCUAAUUAUGAAGAUCCUCCAGGACUUGUGGAAAAAACAGACCAACUUCUCCGCGAUUGGAUUACCAUAUAUCACACACAAAACCAAGGCCGCGAUUCCACAAAAGCUUUUAGUAUGUUUGUGCACCAGAUGAACGUUUAUGGUAUAUUAAAAACCGACGAUUUGAUUACAAGGUUUUUUCGACUUUCUACGCAAUUGUGUGUAGAAACUGUGUACAGAAUUCUUGCAGAAAAAACCACGACGAACGUAACAUUACUAAAACCGAAAUGCUAUCAUACCUUAGACGCCUUUGUUAGAUUGGUGGCAUUAUUAGUUAAACAUUCAGGCGAUGCCAACAAUACGACGACGAAAAUACAUCUUUUGAAUAAAGUUUUAGGUAUUGUAGCGGGAUGUCUACUACAGGAUCACGACACACGCGGAACAGAAUUUCAACAGUUGCCUUAUCAAAGGAUAUUCACCAUGUUAUUUUUAGAGUUAAAUGCCCCUGAACCUGUCUUAGAAGCUAUCAAUUUCCACAUAUUGAAUGCAUACUGCCACACUUUACACAUAUUAAGACCAACUAAAGCUGCCGGCUUCUGUUAUGCUUGGUUAGAAUUAGUUUCUCAUAGAGUAUUUAUGGGAAGAAUGCUCGCCAGUAGUCCACAACAAAAGUGUUGGCCAAUGUAUGCUCAACUGUUGGCGGAUUUAUUCAAAUACUUAGCUCCAUUUUUAAGAAAUGCUGAGUUAGCAAAACCGGUUACCAUGUUGUACAAAGGUACUCUUCGGGUACUGCUCGUCCUUUUACAUGAUUUUCCAGAGUUUUUAUGCGAUUAUCACUAUGGUUUCUGUGACGUCAUUCCGCCCAACUGUAUUCAAAUGAGAAAUUUGAUUCUUUCAGCGUUUCCGAGAAAUAUGAGACUGCCCGAUCCGUUUACACCUAACUUGAAAGUUGACAUGCUCCAGGAAAUAUCAUAUGGACCCAGAAUACUAACAAAUUUAUCGUUGAUGAUAACUCCAGCACAGUUUAGAAAAGAUCUCGAUUCAUAUUUAAAAGCUAGGGCUCCAGUUACUUUUUUAUCAGAAUUGAGGAGCAACUUGCAGGUUUCAAAUGAGCCUGGCGUCCGGUACAACAUUCCUCUAAUGAAUGCCUUAGUACUUUAUGUCGGCACACAAGCCAUAGCUUAUAUCAGGAACAAGAGCCAUACACCCAAUAUGUCGACAAUUGCACAUAGUGCUCAUAUGGAUAUCUUCCAAAAUUUGGCUGUUGAUCUUGACACAGAAGGUCGAUACCUUUUUCUGAAUGCUAUUGCAAAUCAGUUAAGAUAUCCAAAUAGUCACACACACUAUUUUUCAUGUACAUUGCUUUAUCUAUUUGCCGAGGCCAAUACAGAGGCCAUUCAAGAACAGAUUACAAGGGUAUUACUGGAAAGGUUAAUUGUAAAUAGACCACAUCCUUGGGGACUGUUGAUUACCUUCAUAGAACUUAUCAAGAAUCCAACAUACAGGUUUUGGCAACAUGAAUUCGUGCAUUGUGCCCCAGAGAUUGAAAAAUUAUUCGAAUCGGUUGCAAGGUCAUGCAUGGUAAAAUCAACAGUGCAAACGCAAGAAGGUGACAUACAAGAGUGAUAGCAUUUUUGUGAUUUGUACAUAAUUCAAUGAAAUUAAUGAACAUGUGACAUUUUUUAAAUUAAUUUUUUGUUAAAUAAUUGAAAGCUUAAUUUUGGGAGCAAUGCAUUUUAUUUUUAGAAGAUAAGGUGAUUAUAGUGUAUAGAGAUUAAUUAGUGUAAUAUAUUAGGUAUUUUUAAGAAAUUUUCAAGUAUUUGUAACUAGUAUACAUAUAUGUGGAUGUAAUAAACGGUUUUCAAUGUUUUCAGCAUUA